CAUCGGGGCUCUCUGGCUGCCUCCUUCUGCCUUCAUACCAGAGCCCGGAGAGGCCCCUGUCAAAAUAAGAGCUCCCCCAUCUCGCUCGCCUCCUCGCCCAACCCGGCUCCCCCAGCCUCCCAGUGGUCUGACUCGAUCAUGUUUUGAUCCAAUCAACAAAACUUCCCCAAGUGCCUACUAACUGCUGUGCCAAACACCAAGCUGGGUCAGGAGUUGAAUCAUCACAACCUCAUGAGGGUCCUGUGGAUAUACGUGAGCCACCAAGGCAAAAGGGCCAUUUCUCAAACAGUGUGCUGGUUAGAAGGUAGGGCCCACCCCAUUUGUGUGGAUCAGUCUCCUCUUACAUACAUGACAAACCACAUGGGCUUGUUAUGAUCCGUUUGGCACAAUGCCCGGUUCACAGGAGGUCCAGAAAACUGUUCGCAGGAGUGAGAGCUGUGUUGUAAGAGGUCUGUUAAAUGUGGUACACAGUAAGUUCAAGCGUAUUCGUCAUGUCCUGUGGAGCAGCCAUGUAGAGCGCUCCCCUGGGUGGGGCUGUGACUCAUUGCCCCAACGUAGGUUCCAGGUCGGGAUGCAGAGCUGAGCUCCGAGCAGCCACGAGUUCUGGGUGGAACCCUGGAGCGAGCGAGGAGAGGAGAGGGGCCGGCGGCCCACUGCCGGAAUCGAGCGGCUCCCUCUACUGGCGAACUCGGGGAAUCACCAGGUGUUUCCGUGUAUCUGUGUGUCACCGUGUCACGAGGAGUGUCACAGGUGUGUCAGUGAGUGUCGGUGGAAGUGCCAGCACGGGUAGAGGUGAGUGAAGGUGCCUGCUCAUGGAGCAGUGUGGGUGCGACAGUGCCAUGCGGGCCUGUCUCUGCAACCACAGAAUGUACACACACAACCGUAUCAUGGAAUACAAUUUACUUUGGGGCUGGAGGCGGAGGGGGAGUGAGGAGGGCGGCUCUAGGGCUGCAUAUUAUCAGAGAUUACUUCGUGAAGUGAUUAGGACGAAAGUCGGUUCCAGCUGAGACUCCUCACCAACCCCAUACCGAUGGGAGGAAUUCAGGACUGAAGAACAGGUCUUGGGAAGGCACUCUAUCCCCUAAAGGAACUGACGACCCAAGAAAGGGUUAACUUUGAGCCCUACAGUGGCUUCAAUCAUUGGCUCAGAGCACUGUCAAUCAGAGUUCUGGGGCGGGGUUCUCGGGCCGCCUGCGAACUGCCCAGGGCCCCUCGCUUGCCCCUAGACCCCCACAUCAUUUUACUUCUGGGCUGCGCCCACACCCCUAUCUUGGUGGAGACACCUUCCUGGGCCUGGAGGAAGAGCAGAUCCGGGCAUCCUGGCUUCCCCACUCACUCCAGCUGCCUGGCUUCCUGAUAGAUGGUGAUUAUUAUAUAAUAGACCUGCUGGACAGAACCGUGCCAGCGCUCGGAACACUUUGCCCCCUCCUCGAAGCGUGCCCCAAGGUCUGGCACCAGCCGCACCAGAGCCCGCCGCCCAGCUCUGCCGGCUCCCCCAGCACCACCUCCAUCCCCGGGCGGGAGACCCCUGGGCCACCUUCCCCGGUGGACCUGGGGCCACGUCUUGGGAUGGGGCGGGCGCCAGGCUGGGAGUCGGGCGGGCGCCCAGCAGGUCUCAGUGUCGGCCUGCAGAGUUUGGCUUUACCAGCGCCUCGCCGGGAUUGUGGGACCCACCUGGCCCCUCGAACCUGAACUUGGAACUUGGGAGCCAAAAGAGGACCUACUAUGCACUGGGCACUGGAUGAGACAAUGCGUCUAUGUUGGGGAACAAGACAGAUGUGUCACCCUCAGAGCCUGCAGUCUAGGUGGGGAUGGAGAAGUGAACAAAUGAUCUCAGUUCAUUGUCAUGAAGCCUUGGGGAGCAUCUCAGAGAGACACCUAUCCUGGACUUGGGAGUCUGAAAAGUUUCCGGCUUGGGAGCAACAUCUGAGCUGAGACUUACUCUAGCCUAAGGUGUGGUUCCGCCCAGGUGAACAGUACAUCUCACUGGAGGCCUAAAGAUAGAACAGGAUUCCAACAAGGGACCUCACCAGAUGUUAUGGGGGGGGGGGGGGUGUCUCUAAGGCUGCACUCCCAAACAACCCAUUUCUUUUUUAAGAUUUUAUUUUUGGGGGUGCCUGGGUGGCUCAGUCAGUUGAGCUUCCUACUUCGGCUCAGGUCACGAUCUCACCGUCUAUGAGUUCGAGCCCCGCGUCGGGCUCUAUGCUGACAGCUCAGAGCCUGGAGCCUGCUUCGGAUUCUGUGUCUCCCUCUCUCUCUAACCCUCCCCCACUCAUGCUCUGUCUCUCUCUGUCUCAAAAAUAAAAUAAAACAUUAAAAAAAAUUUUUUUUUAAGAUUUUAUUUUUUAUUUUUCUGACUUUUUUUGAGAUUUUAUCUUUUAAGAGCCCACAACCCCAAGAUCAAGAGUCGCACGCUCUACCGACCGAGCCAGCCAGCUGUCCCCCAAACAACCUAUUUCUAAUAAAUUUUCCAAGUCCCAAAAGAAAGAGGACUAACCUGAGAAUCUAGAGUAUGUGACCUUGGCCUAGUCACACCCAGUCUCUGGGCCUUAGUUUUUUCAAAUGGAAAUCAAGAGGGUUGGAGUUUAUCUUCAGGCUCUUUAUCAGGAAGAUAGCAAUUAAAUAGAAGGCUUGGUUAGUUAAGAGAGAAAUACUCACUUAGCUCUGGUGGGCUUGGGGAGGGAUAGCAGCUUUCAGAAGCCCAGGAGAGGCUACCACAAGCAGGGGCCCAGAGAAAGCCACCUCCUACCCCUCACCGUACACGUCGACUGGCAGGUGUUUUUUUUUUUUCCUUCAAUGUUUAUUUUAAUUUUUUUAUGACAACGUUUAUUCAUUUUUGAGAGACAGACCACGACGGGGGAGGGGCAGAGAGAGAGGGAGACACAGAAUCCCUAGCAGGCUCCAGGCUCUGAGCUGUCAGCACAGAGCCGGACGUGGGGCUCGAACUCCCAAACUUCAAGAUUGUGACCUGAGCUGAAAUCGGACAUUUAAUCGACUGAGCCACCCAGACACACCCUUUUUAUUUUUGAGAGAGCGAGGAGAGAGAAUCCCAAGCACGCUCCACGCUAUCAGCACAGAGUCCCACAUGGGGCUCGAACUCACAAACCUGUGAGAUCACGACCUGAGCCGAAAACAAGAGCUGGACACUUAAACGACUGAGCCACCCAGGAGCCCCAUCGCCUGGCAAUUCUGAGUGCUGGGAACAUUUAAUUUCUGCCAUCAACUGAAGGCAAGAGCUCUUCUAAGACCGUGCUGGGAGGAGUGAGCAUGGGGGCAGGGAGCACACAUAGGAUACAUUUCGUUGCCGCAUUAAUUUGCUCUCAAGUGUAGCACUCCAGAGCUUUUGUUUUUAAUAGAAUGUUCGCAAGUAAGGAAACUGAGGCCCAGAGUGGUGAAAGGACUUGCCCCACACCACGUGGCUGGUGAGCAACGGCUAGAAGCAAUGCCCAGGCCUCCUGACUCCCAGUCCAGACCCUUUCCACCACACCACUGUAGCAUUUGCUUCCAACUUUCCAUUGGACUUCUUCCUGUGUCUGGCUCAUUUCCCUGGGAGGCCAUGAGAUCUGGGAAGGCAGGCUUGGCCUUCUUAUCUGGACAUCCCCCAGAGCCUGGUGCGGAGCUCUGAACACAGGGAGGGGUGCACAGAUGCCCCAGGCACCCCCAUCCCCCCUUUUCUGUCUCAUCAUGAGUCUCUUUACAGGCACGGAACUCUCUGGCCCAAGGGGAAAAUGGCACCCCUGGAUUGUGGACAACCCCCUGAACGAGGCAUAUCCUCAGUCCCAGCAGGGCCUAACGCCUGCUCUGUGACUUCCAGAAACCGCUCUGUGAUGGACUUCCGGGGGCCUUAUUUUCUCCAUCUGUCAAGACCCACAACCCCUUCUAAUUGCUAGGGUACUUGGAACUUGAAGUCCCAGAUGAGGAAAUGUUUUUACAAGACGUAACUCUGAGGUAAGGGAAGAAGCUUCACGAUCCAGUCUGUUUCGCAGAAUCCCGCAGCCUCGGGACCCCGUCUGCUCCAUCUGCUGGGACUAGGGUACCGCCUCACGGGGUGCCCACACCCUCGCACUGUGCUGGACCCCGCGGAAGUUGCAGGAUACGAAACCUGAACCUAUUCUGCGAUCCCGCCAACUAAUUUCCCACAACCGAAAAUAAUUUCACCAAGGAAUCCCAAUUUUCACUUGUAUCUCUUGGGGCUGCUCCGGUUUAUUACCUACAACGCCGCUUGUUAAAAUUCCCUUCCCCCUUUUCUGCUACACCUUGCAGCAGCUACCUGUCUCUCUGCCUCUCUCUGUCCUCUGGAGUCAACAGAGCUUUUCUGCCUCUCUUUGCCCGCUCUCUUCUCCGUAGCGUAUGGACUGGCUUAGCCUGUCAGGCUUCAUUAUUUUCCGUUUCUUUCACCCGUUACCCAGAUUCUAACACACAAGGAAGCUGCUUGGUUCCUGCCUCCUGUUUCUCCCCGGCUAUCCCUCCAGUUCUCUGUAUCACAAAAGCCCUGGAACUGAGUGGGCCUAGACAACAUUUCCAACAACAGCCUUUUCCUCAGAUCUCAAGGAUUCAGGCCCUGCCGUUUCCCAUCAGACCAAUAUUUGGACCCUGGCCCUUCUCUGGGUCUGGGGAAGACAGAAUAGUUCAUGGCACAGAGACCUACAUCAGCGCUCUCUGUACAGCUCUUGGCCUCUCCCUGUGGACUAUCCCGCUUCCCACAGUGGUUGCUGAGCCAGGCUGACUGUGCCCACCGCUGCUGGAUGGGGUUGGUGGCCACCCCUCCGGUCUCUCUGGAAGUCUUCCCUAGCGUCCCUCUGCCCAGCUCUCCAGAGGAACCUGGAGGCUCGCAUACUCCCUGGCACCCACACCCCUCAGCCUCUCCCAGAGCAGCAGUACCUGGGCCUCGGUGGACACCAUGAAGAGGAGCCCCUGGGUCUGCUGCCCCCGUCCCCUCCUACCAGCCUCAGUUUCCCUGCCAUCCUCGCCCGGCCAAGGCCCUGGCAGAAGCCCCUCGGCGUUGCUUUCCUUUUCUUGCAUGCCACGGCAAUCUCAGAACUCGCUGCACUCCCGGGAAGACGCCCAUACCUGAGGGGGCCAGUCCUCCACAGGCCAUGCCCCAGAUGCACGCACAGGCAAGAAUACUCAGGCCCUAACACGCGGGAGUCCCAGAAGAAGGGGUGAUUUCCACCUCCCACUUUAGUUACUCUGCCCCUCUGCAGUUGACUAAGCCAGCAAGAUCCAGCCAGGGCAUCCCCACUUCUGACCUGAGAGCCAGCUCCCCAUCCUGAAAAACCUGUCUGGGGGCCUGCCCUGAGGCUGUAGGACCCAAAGGGCAGGUCGGACAGGAUUCCCCUCCAGCCACUCCCACCCCAAGACAAAAUCAGCCACCCCAGGGGCCAGGCCUCACUUGCCUCAGGAAGCCUCAGCCUGCCAGCACCUGUCCCAGCUCCCAGCCCAGCUAUGGCAUCCCCGCUGCCCUUCCGGACCUUGCCCUUGAACCUGAUUCUGCUGACUGUCCUGGCCCUGGGGGCUGCAGACUUCAACAUCUCAAGCGUUUCUGGUCUGCUGUCCCCGGCGCUGACGGAGAGCCUGCUAGUUGCUUUGCCCCCCUGUCACCUCACAGCGGGCAAUGCCACGCUGAUGGUCCGGAGAGCCAAUGACAGCAAAGUGGUGAAAUCCAGCUUCAUGGUGCCUCCAUGCCGUGGGCGCCGGGAGCUGGUGAGCGUGGUGGACAGCGGGGCUGGCUUCACCGUCACCCGGCUCAGUGCAUACCAGGUGACAAACCUCGCGCCGGGAACCAAAUACUACCUUUCCUACCUAGUGACGAAGGGGGCAUCCACUGAGUCCAGUAGAGAGAUCCCAAUGUCCACGCUUCCUCGGCGGAAGAUGGAAUCCAUUGGGCUGGGGAUGGCCCGGACGGGGGGCAUGGUAGUCAUCACGGUGCUGCUCUCUGUCGCCAUGUUCCUUCUGGUCAUGGGCUUCAUUAUCGCCCUGGCACUGGGCGCCCGAAGGUGAGGAGGCCCUCACCAGGCAGCAGGCCGCCAGAGGGUUCGCGACGCUAUCCGUUUCCCCAGCCCCCGGCUUUGCCCUCUGUGCCUGCCUCCUUUCCUGAAGACGCCGCCUGCUCCCAGACCUCAGCCUGGAGGCUUUGGCUCUUUCGAUGGCUUCACCUCCCCUCCCUGCCCCCUCUCACUGGAGCCCUCUCCUCCCUCUGCCCCUCCCCUUGUCCCCAGUGCCUCACCUUCUCCCCACACUUCCUGUCCUCCCCUCACCCCCACUCUUGUCACAAUUGGCGCUCCUUCCACUUCACCUCUUUAAUCUCCCCCUCCCUCAGCAAUUCACCCCUCCCGCAGUGAUGGAAGUCUCCAGAAUAAAGUCUGCUGCCGCC